AUGUCGUUCAAGAAGGAUGAGGAGUCAGGCGGAAUGUCGUUCUACCACGACAAAUCCACCGUCAUACAAGAAGCUCGCUGCUUCAACGAGUCUCCCAUCCAACCGCGAAAAUGCAGGGCGCUGCUCACUCGGAUCGUGUACCUCCUCUACGUCGGUGAAACAUUCACGACGCAAGAGGCGACAACGCUCUUCUUUGGCGUGACAAAGUUGUUCCAGCACAAGGAUAGCGCGCUCAGACAGAUGGUCUACCUGGUCAUCAAGGAGCUGUCCACUAUUGCCGAGGACGUCAUCAUGGUUACUUCGUCCAUCAUGAAAGACAUGCAGCCGAAUUUAGAGGUGGUUUACCGCCCGAACGCUAUCCGAGCUCUCGCGCGCAUCAUCGAUGCGCAAUCCGUCCAGUCCGUCGAGCGCUUCUUCAAAUCCGCCCUCGUCGACCGCUCCUCCUCCAUCUCCUCCGCCUCCCUCGUAUCCUCUUACCACCUCUACCACCUCUCCCCCUCCAUCAUCAAGCGCUGGUCGAACGAAGCGCAGGAGGCCGUCAAUGCCAAAGCUGUCUCCAACUCGUCAUAUGGCGCCGGCGCGGGCUAUCUCUCCGGCGGCUCACAGGGCGGUUUCUCGGCGGUCGCGAGCACGAGCUACAUCAUGCAGUACCACGCGCUCGGGCUGCUGUACCUCAUCCGAGAAAAGGACAGGAUGGCCAUCACCAAGAUGAUCCAGCAGUUUGGCGCGGCUGGGAAGGGCGGAAGCUCGAUCGUCAAGAGCCCAAUGGCCAUUUGCAUGUUGAUCCGGUUCGCAAGGAAAGUGAUGGACGAGGACCCCAAUGUCCAGAAACAAAUGCACGAGUACCUCGAAUCCCUCCUCCGCCACAAAUCCGACAUGGUCAACAUCGAAGCCGCUCGCGCCAUCUGCGAGAUGCGCAACGUUUCCACCGCCGAGCUCUUCCGCCCCGUCGCUGUCCUCCAGCUAUUCCUGUCUUCCCCGAAGGCCAUUCUCAAAUUUGCCGCGAUCAAGACGCUCAACAAGCUCGCGCAGACCCAGCCGGCUGCUGUCACCGCUUGCAACUUGGACAUGGAGAACCUCAUCACCGACUCGAACAGGAGCAUUGCUACCUACGCCAUCACUACUCUGUUGAAGACUGGCAACGAAGCUUCGGUCGACCGGCUCAUGAAGCAAAUCUCCUCCUUCAUGGCCGACAUCACCGACGAGUUCAAAAUCAUCGUUGUCGACGCUAUCCGCUCGCUCUGCCUCAAGUUUCCGACCAAACAGGCAGUCAUGCUCUCCUUCCUCUCUGGCGUUCUGCGCGAUGAGGGAGGGUAUGACUUUAAGCAUGCUGUCGUGGAGGCCAUCUUUGACAUGAUCAAAUUUAUCGGCGACUGUCGCGAGGCUGCCCUAGCGCACUUGUGCGAGUUUAUCGAGGAUUGCGAGUUCACCAAGCUCUCUGUCCGGAUCCUGCACCUCCUCGGUAUUGAAGGGCCCAAGACCAAGAACCCUACCAAGUUCAUCCGUUACAUCUACAACCGGGUCGUCCUUGAGAAUGCGGUCGUCCGGGCCGCGGCGGUAUCGAGUCUCGCCAAGUUUGGUGUUUGUGUCGAGGACAAGGGGGUCAUGCAGAGCGUCAAUGUAUUGCUCAGGCGAUGCCUUGACGAUGUGGAUGACGAGGUUCGGGAUCGGGCGGCGAUGUACAUCAAGGUGUUGGAGGAGAAGCGACUUGCGGAUGUGUUCGUGCGCGAGGAGGCGACGUUCUCGCUCGCCGCGCUCGAGUCUGAGCUUGUCUCGUACGUCAAUGACGCCGGCCGACACAACACCGCCUUUGACAUUACCUCUAUCCCCAAGAUCUCUCGCGACCAGGCCGCUGCGCAAGUCGCUGCCGCCCGCCCAUCCGCUAUCGAGUCCAUCAACGCCGGCCCCUCCAAGGCUGCCGAGCCAGUGGCCUCUACUUCGACCGCCGCCGAGACGCAGUCCGCGUACACCGCUCAGCUCUCCGCCAUCCCCGAGCUGGAAAACUACGGCCCCAUCCUCCGCUCCACGUCCAAGCCGACCGCGCUCACCGAGAGCGAAACGGAAUACGUCGUCUCUGUCGUCAAGCACGUCUUUGCCAAGAACAUCGUCUUCCAAUUCAACGUGUCGAAUACUAUACCCGAUACCGUCUUGGAACAGGUAUCGGUGCUCAUGACACCUUCGGAAGGAUCGGGACUCGUCGAGGACUUUAUUAUCCCCAUUCAGAGCCUGACUGCUUCCGCCGGCUCGGGUCAGGUGUAUGUGUCCUUCACGCGCGAAGAGCCCGAAAGUUACGCGAGCGGGAGCUUUGGGUGUACGCUCCGGUUCGUCAGUAAGGAGGUGGACCCGACGAGUGGGGAGCCAGAGGAGGAGGGAUACCAGGAUGAGUACCAGAUUGAGGAUUGUGAUUUGGGUGCGGGCGAUUACAUCACCCCCACGUAUGUCACGUUCCAGAACGAAUGGGAGAAGUUGGGAUCCGCAGCGAGCUCGACCGAGACGUUUGCUCUGUCCUCACUGGAGUCUCUGAAAGACGCCUGUAAAUCCCUGAUCGAAGUCCUCAAUAUGGAAGCCCUCGGCGGGUCCGAAUCGCCCACCUCGACAUCGGUGCACACGCUCAAUCUCUCGGGAAUGGUCAGUGGUGGUGGGGGCAAGGUGGUUGCGCGCUGUCGGAUGACGUAUGCUUCGGGCGCGGGCGUGACCCUUGAGCUGGCGGUCAGGGCGGAGAAGGAGGAGGUGGUCAGGCUUGUUAUGGGUGCUAUCUAG